UGUGCCCGCAGAUGGCGGCGGCGGGCUUCGUGCACUGCCCCAGCGAGAACAGCCCCGACGUGGCGCAGUGCUUCUUCUGCCUCAAGGAGCUGGAGGGCUGGGAGCCCGAGGACGACCCCCUGGAGGAACACAAAAAGCACUCUGCGGACUGUGGUUUUCUUUCUCUUCGGAAAGAGCCUGCUAACCUGACGGUGCAGGAGUUCCUGAAGCUGGACAAACUGCGAAUGAGAAAGGCACUUAAAAAAGAGGUUUCUCAGAAGAUGACCAAGGUUGAAGAUAAAGCCAAGAUCCAGCGAUGUAGUAUAAAGAAUCUGGCCUAGACUGCUGCAGCUUCAGAGUUGACAGUGAUGUCUGUCUUGUCCACAUGCUGUGGCACUGCCCCUGUGACUGAAUGGCCGUGUUUGCUGAGGCUGCUUCCAGACUGGCUGUUCCUGAGAAGCAGAGGGAAUUCUGCUUCACUCCUCUGAGUCUGUCUGGAAAGUACAUGGAGUUUGAUGCAUUGUAUACAUAAUCUUUUUCUAUAGGGUUCUCCUAAUUUUCCUGCUGUUUUUUAAAGGAUUAGUAUUUGUUUUCUUUUUUUUUUUUUUUAUAUUUUGUAAAUCCAGCUGUUUAGAGAUAUUGCAGUCUCAUAGAGAUAUUGGUAGCUCUGGUGCUAAAACUUGUAUCUCUGAUAGGAGUUGACAUGCAUUUCCAUUUUUGUACAGACUAUACCAAUGCUUUUAGAUACUCUGGAACAUAGAAAGAGGAAGGAGUUUUAAAAAUACUUCAGGGAUUUGGGAUUGUGGCUAGUAACAUUGAGUUGUACCACACCUUAGUGUGCCUGGUAUUCUUGUAAACUUCUGUUUGUAGUUGGCUGCUGCCUCAUGUUGAUGUAUUUAUAAAUAAAAGUUGAAGGCAGAACAA